GUCCAUGGCAGACAUUGCUAAUUGAUCACAAGACUCUUCUUUGGCUUUUUAAAUCAAUCACAGAAAACUCUAGCUGGAGCUUUCUCCCUUUCACUCUUCAAGAAGAACGUAUUUAGAAGACAGAAAAUACUCUCUCAAGUGUGGCAUUGAGGAAGAUAGGAAGAAAGAGAAAUGGGAAGUGUGGCUGAAUCCUCCACUCUCGAGCCUGGGAAGGUGCCAGAAGAGAAAUUCAGGCAAGGCUUUCCUGGGACUCAUGUGCAGCAUAAGGAAUUGAAGAUAAGUAACAGUUUCCUUUUCUCCCUUGCUGGGGCAUUGAGCUGGUCCCUUAAAUGGGGUUCAAGUGGGGCAAGUCCAGAGGAUCAGGCCAGAGGAGUGGCUUAGGGGGUCUGCCCACCCUCUUGAUGCUGUGUGCAGGGAUCUUGUAUGUGCCUUUGCUCCCAACACCUCAGAAGUGGCAGUUGGGUUUUUGGUCUUUUUGUUUCUUGCUGUUUAUAGUUUGCCCCAAAGGCACAUGCACAGUUAUUUUUAAUCCCUUGCAGUUUCUUUGUAUUCUCUUGCUCCUGGAGAAGUUUGUCCAGGGCUGGGGUGGAAGGUGCAAGGCUUCUAACUCAUGACUCUAACCACUCACAAAGAGUCCCAGGUUCUAGGUCCCAGCCUAUCUCAGUGUCAUCUGAAAUUUGAUAAGGAAAUUGCAUUGAGCAAUCCGUAGAGAGUUUCACAAUUUCUUGGGAGUCCAGGAGUGAGAGAAUUAGGGGUGCUUUGCGCAAUGCCUGAGCUGAGAAUCCAGAUCUAAGUAGCAGCUUUGCAGUUGACCUUUGACCCCCAUCUCCACCAAGGGCCCUGGGGCCCCUCAAUGUUCCGAGUUCAGAUGGACACCUGAGAUGGCCUCCUGAUCAGCCUGGUGACAUCUCUCAGGCCAGCCUUUUCUGUUUCUUCCCUGGUAGUUACUCUGUUGGCUUGGCAAUCUUGCCUGGGACCGGAAAGAGCCACUGAUUCUGGUAUCAGGUUUCCUGGUCUCUGGCCGAACUUCCUGCUUAUGCCAUCAAAGCUGGGAGGGGCCGAGGAAAUGCCUGUGAAGCCACACCCACGAGUGAAGGUAUAAACAGGGAGGUUUGGCCAUCAGAGCUACCCCUGUCCUCGCCAUGAAGCCCAGUGGCCUCUUGCCCUUCGUGCUUCUUGCCCUGGGAAUCCUGGCACCUUGGGCCGUGGAAGGUGCUGAAAAUGCUUUGAAAGGGGGAGCCUGCCCUCCUAGAAAAAUUGUCCAGUGCCUUAGAUAUGAGAAACCCAAGUGCACAAGUGACUGGCAGUGUCCAGACAAGAAGAAAUGUUGCCGAGAUAAUUGCGGAAUCAAAUGCCUGAACCCUGUUGCUAUCACGAACCCAGUUAAGGUGAAGCCUGGGAAGUGUCCAGUGGUCUAUGGCCAGUGUAUGAUGCUCAACCCCCCCAAUCACUGCAAGACAGACAGCCAGUGCCUGGGUGACUUAAAAUGCUGCAGGAGCAUGUGCGGGAAAGUCUGCCUCACCCCUGUGAAAGCCUGAUUCCUGCCAUUUAGAAGAGGCUCUGGAUUCCUACUUUGUGCAGUCUGGGAAUUCCAUUUCCGCUCCCAGACAUGGAUCCCUGGGGCAGGCCGUGAUAAAGACUUGGUUCUACCACCACCAUCUUCUUUGCAGAACGUCUUAGCACCCUGUAGGCUUCCAGGACAUGCCUGUUGAUUGGUGCAUCAAUAAAUAAGCAUAUUUCUCUCUGUA